AUGACUGAUCUGAUACGAUCUGGUGAGAUCCCUACGAUUACUCCACGAUUAAGUACGCCGUUUGAAUCGUGGUGCAAAUUUACAACCUUUACUAUCAAGUGUGCCGCUAUCAAAGCAGAACAUGUUGUGGAGAACAGACAAAGAUUAUCUGAAUUUUAUACCUGGAGACAUAUAGGGAGGAGUCUGAAGGCAACUGAUUGGGAAUCAUGUCAGUUUGGUGAAACCCUGGAACGCUAUGAUGAGCCCUGCCCCAAUGGAGCAACAAACAUCUUACUAUGCAACCCUGGUCAGCUUAAGAUUGCCGAGUGCAUCGGCCAAGAUGGCGACACGUCAAGAAUAUGUGACCCAUGCCCUCAAAAGUUCUACCAGUCCUACUACAACCGGUGCACCGCAUGUCACCCUUGCUCCGAGUGCGGUGCCAACGAAAGGAUCAAGGAAAAGUGCACCGAUGAGACGGACACCAUCUGUGAGAACAUCAUUCCCCCAGAACCUGUCCCCACCUUCCCAGCCACCGUGGCACCGCUGACCUACCCUCCUACACCUUCAUCGACCCAGUCUCCGACCAACGCACCAAGGAUCACCACUGCGGUUGCUGAGAACAAGACGACCAGAGGAGUAACCUAUGGCAUCGUCGAUACAACUGAAGUUGUUCCAACUAGUCAGGCUGGAAUAGAAAAGCCACCUCAAUCAUCAUCUAAUGAUAAUACAGAAUACAGGACCAUAGCAAUAACAGUGUGCGUGAUACUUGCAGUCCUGGUUGUGGCACUCACUACUCUUUGUUGCUUUAUUUUUAAGCAAAGAAGGAAGAUCAAAGAGCUGAAAGCCCAGCUCAGAACACAUACCUGCAAUGAAAUUGCAGAUGCCCGCAAUGGAAUUCCGAUGAAAACUCUUGAUUCAGGAUUACCAAGUAGCCAUGCUGACCUUGAUUCAGAACCGGGAGCCACUCCUGCAGAAUAUGUAAACUUAAAUGGCGCAUGUGGUGAAGAACUGGAUGCUCCUGGGACGAGUGGUGCAAGUGAGAAUAUUUACCAAGUGGAACUGGGUCAGGGUGAAUACGUGAAUUCUGAAUCGCAGAGGACAGGCCUAGAUGAUCCUCCAAAGGAAAGAUUCCUGGUUCAAAGGCAUGCAGACACCGACUCGGAAACUGGGUCCACGCCCAACUGGUCGGAGCGACAGGAAGCUGCACAGGAGGGUGCGCAGAGCAACGUGACUGGAAGUGUAGGAAGCUUAGGUUUGGAUGGUAUCAGUACUCCGGGCAGUAGAUACCUUAGCUCUUCUGAUUUAGCUAAAGAUGGGGAAGGCAGCGGAGAUCCUGAGGAACAAGGUAGUAACGAUAGACUGCAUGAUCGUGGAACAGAUACAGAGGUGCCAGGGGUUAUAGAAGGUUGCAGUAGAACGGUUCAAGCUGUUGUUCAUACUCCUGCUGGUAUAGGUGCUUCCGCUGCUCAUCUUGGCAAGGACUUGAGAGGUAGGCCCCCUCCAAAGGAUAAAAACUUCAAUGGUAUUCAGCAGAAGAGCUUUGAAGCUUCUUCGGCGAGUGGUGCAAGUGGCGUCGGAGACUCCGACGGUUCUGUGACGGGCCCGGAGAGUGAACAUUCUCCAGACCGUCCGAAGACUCUUCGCUCUGGGGCACCUAGGGAUAAGGUAGGAGGCUUACCUGAAGCUGAUCCCUUGAGGCAGCAGCCAACUGGCCCAGAGAUGGGUACCAACAAAAAAGCAAAAAGAAAGAUCAUUUCUAACUUCUUGAAGGGAAGAAAACGGACAAAGAUGGAAGAAUAUGCUCCUGUGCCUCAAGAGGAUUUAUCUAGCAAUUCAGACAAAAUGGUGUCUGAAAAAUUCUUAGAUGACCUUGCUGAUCAUAUUGACCUGAAGACACUGGACAAACUGUGCAGAGAACUGGGUGUGGAGGCAAAAGAUGUGUCCAACAUGAAGAUCACCCACCAGCUGGAGCAUGGGCGGGAGUUAGCUUUCAAGAUGUUCAUGGACAUCCGUAGCACAAAGGGCCAAAGUUUUACGUAUAGAUGUACCAUCCGUGCCAUGAGGCAAAGCAAAAAUGGACAUUUGGUGGAAGAGUUCAUCAAGAAGUACAAUCUAAGAUGACAAACCAGAAUGGUUUAGGGUAGUAAGGAAAAACACUUAUUCCAUUUAUUCCAAUUUGACAUGAUUAAAGUAUUCCAUUUUUCGAAAGUGUUUGCAAGUAGUGCUUGUAAAGUUUCAUGCGACAGCCUUAGACAGUUAUAACAAAUUAAAAUGACCAGAGAUGAUAAUAAAUUGUCAUGUACGCUGCUAUUUGCCCUUGCUGUUUUAGAGCCAUAUUGUUGUCAUUCUUUGGGAGUUUGAUAUUAUUUGGUGCUCAUCCAAAUGAUUUUAUACAAACUCACUGCCUGUGGCUGUAUAAAAUAAUGAUAAUGAUAAAUAAAUGCAAACAAAAUAAGAAAAAACCUUAUUGAUAAAAUGAGUUCAGAGGUUUUAGCUUCAUCUUAAAUGUUUCAACACACUUGCUAUCCCGGAUCUCUUGUGGGAUGGAAUUCCAUAGCAAGGGCCCCGCAUGGAUGAAUGCCCUUUCCCCCACUUUGUUUUACAUUUUGGAACUGUCAAGGAGACCAUCUAGCGUAGAAGCUUAGAUGGUGUGUACUUGUUAAUGAGAACAGUGUUGUACUGCGGAGUAGAGCCAUGAACUGAGUGAUAUACUAGCAAAGGGAUUUUGAAUUUGACACGUUCACUCUUGGGCAACCAAUGUGAAGAUUUAAGAACAGGUGUGAUAUGGGUAGAUUUGUUAUGAAGGGUCACUAAACGAGCAGCAGAAUUCUGUAGUUUUUGUAUACGAGUAAUUUGGGAGAUUAAGGUAGAUUAAAUAUUGCUAAAAUCAAGACAUGAAGAGAUCAAUGAAUGAACAAUUUUUCUCUGUCGCAUCAAGAGUAGAAUAUUUGCAUAUUAACCCUUGGUUGUGUAACUGAUACCGUACAGAUUUACAGAUGUAUUGGAUUCGAGUACCAUCGUCUUCAUGAGUCGGGGAACACACCUAGAUUAUGGCAUGUGUGAGAAACUUGAAUAAUGUGGUUGAAAUUUGUACUUCAGACAGAUGGGUUUUAGAGGCAUACAACACAAAUUCACAUUUAGAAAAAUUCAAUUUUCGAGAGUAUGAGCACAACUAUUGGGUACAUCCUUUAUGCUUUCCUAUAGAUUGCUAAUGAUGGCAGCAGCUGUAUCUGAAUCGGGUUUGAAGGAUGUAAAUAUCUUAAUGUCACUGUCAUAGAUAUGAUUAGUAACAGUGGUGCUAAAGAAUGUUUUUCAGUCUGAUCAGAUACAAGGAGAAAAGGAUAGGCCCACCCAAAGAGCCUUGAGGAACCCCGCAGGUAAGCGGUAGAAAAUCAGAACAUCCAUUUAUCAAAAUAGCUUGUGAGUGAUGUGACAAAUAUGAUGUGAACCAAUCUAGGGCUUUACCCUUAAUACCAAGAGACAUUAUGGUGUUUAACAGAAUUUUGUGGUUCACAAUUUCAAAGGUGGUUCAGACAGAUCCAGGAGUGUCAUGACUGUUACCUUUCCCGCAUCCAUUUCAUGAAGAUUGGAACUAGAUACAUUAAGAAGAAGGGUCUCUACACUAUGCCCUAAUUACCAUUUUAUUCUAAGGUAAAGAAUUCUUGUUGCUGGAAUCUGUUUGCUGGGACAAUGAGGUCCGAGGAGACUGGACUAGUUUCACUUUAUCAUUAUUAUUUUUUUCUUUUUUGGUGUCACCAAAUUGUACAACUAGACUCCAUAUGAAAGAUGACAACAAUAAAUCUUCAACAAUUACAACUUGGGGCAAAAUGGUCGUAUUUGGGGACUUUUUAUGUUUGAUAUGUAUAUACAUGUGUGUAAAAGCUGUAGAUUUUUUGUGAAAAUCUAAGGAGGUGCCUUAGAUUAAUGUCAGUACUCAUCCACAAAAGUUUUCUUAUUUGUUUUGAUACUGAACAAAUAUCUUGGAGUGUGACCAAUAGAUUAUACAUAAUAUAUAUAUAAGAAAGUAUUUCUAAAUUAUUUGAAGUUUCAAUAUUGAUACAAAAUAAUUCUUUCAAACUGAUACCACCAUUUCGAAAGCUGUGACUUAGUACUUGUUAAAUGUCUGAAGUAUGUACAGUAUUUAACUUUUAUUCAUUUACAGCGAUAAUAAUAUAAGAAACUAUAAGAGAAGAAUAAGCAAGUGUACAUGUAUUCAUAUGUAUUAAAAUGUCAGAUCCACCAGAACUACAAGUUAGUUUGAGAAAAUUAAAAUGAGAAUAUCACAAAAACAGAGAAGAAAAUCAGAUGAAUAAGAAAAUAACGAUGGAUGUAGUUUUACAUUUUUCUUGUCAAACGUCAAUAGGCAUAUCAGACUUUGAAGUUAUGCAAUUGAAAGGGCUGAGGAUGUCAUGCACUUGAUUUUAUUUUGUAUUUAUCAUAAAUGAUAUUGCCAAUAUUUUAUUCUUUGUUUCAAUUUUGUCAUUCAUGCAAAACAAAUAUUAUGAUGGUGGCAGUAGCAUGAUUAAAAUCUUCUUAGGUCAAAUUCAGAAAUGAUUUUUUAAGUUUAAACUUUAAUGUCCUAUUUCAUGAAACUUGCAGUAAUUUCAGGUCACAGUGUUAGGAUCAUAGGUCAUUUGAGGUCAAUGAACUUGACCUUCUUGUAUAUUCAGCCUGAAAUACUUAAACCAGAGGAUAGCAUUUUUGUUAAAAUUUUACGAAUUUCUGGUUAAUAAACUUGAAAGAACAGUUACUCACAAUUUUCAAAAUUAUUUAAUGAAAUUUAUUGAAACUUGUAAAUUGUAUCUUUAAUGGCAUAGGGUCUAUCAGGUAAAUAUUUAAUUUUACAUUUCGAGCACAAAAAAUCAACACUAUGUUAUGCUCGUGAGACCGUCGACUGCUUUCUAAUGUGUUAAUAAGGAGUCAACCAUGUUUAUGACUUUUUAUUAACUAACAAUUAAAAUGUUCUAAAUUGAAUGUAACAAAUGUGGAAGAAAUAGUAGAUAUGGAAUAUUAUAAGUGCAUGUCAUUUGUGUUUUAUUUUUUUCUAUAUUUUUUCAAAUCAGUCUUCCGUUUUGGUGGAUCUUGACAUGAAUUUUACCUCUGCCAAAAUCUCUAAAUCCAUCCUUUUUAUAAUAAAUGUGCAAAUGAGAGUAUAUUUCAUAUGCAAUUUUGGUGCACAGCUUUUCUACUGCUUUGUGAUAUUCGAAUACAUUGUAUGCAUCUGUGUAGAUUUUUGUCAUUGUGAUAUUAUCAUAAAAGUAUUGAUAUCAUUUUCAAAAUAGAUGAAUAGAUGAAGAGUUGGGAAGUUAAUUUGAGAUGUUUUGAAGAGUUAAUUUUGAUAAAUUUAACCUGUCUUCUCAAAAAGAAAAAAAAAAUGAUAAAGAUCGAGCAGAAUUAUAUUCUUUAGCUGCUUCUUAGAACACUUAUUGGCCACAGAUGAUACCAGUUGUGGUAACGAUCUCAAAAUGAGUUUGAACAGAAUCCAUUGAAACUACCACCAAACUUGAGUGUUUGUAUGUAUAAAUAAAAGAUGUGUGCCAAAUAGCCCUGUGAAAGAAAAUUGUAUAAGUGCUGAAAAUUAGCGAAAUAAGCUCAGAAUUCCAUCACAUGUCAGGUAUUUUUCGAAGCAAUAUUAAUACACCGUCCCACUUACGCUCUUCUGUGUUAGUGAUCAUCA